AUGCCUGUCAUUGAUCAAAUAAAACACUUUAUCCGUCACGGCAAACAUGCUAAACAAAAAGGACACUAUGACAUUCAAGGUGCCGCAAACUCUGUAGACAGGAAGGCUAAUAAAGAGUCCAACAACGAUUUCAACAAGGCCACAGUAGUCGAGCAGAUUGUGGCCGAGGAGAGGGAGGAAAAGAACAAACUGCCUGUAUAUCCCGGGUUGGAAAAAUACCAGCUGAUUGAGAAAAUGGGAGAAGGCGCAUUCAGUAAUGUCUAUAAUGCCGUUGACAAGGUGACUGGUCAAAAAGUAGCAAUAAAAAUCGUGCGUAAAAGAGACUUUAAAGAAUCAGCGACUCAUCUUCACAAGGAUUUAAAAAAGAAACCGAAAAUGACUGAGCAGCAUGCAAACAUUCUCAAAGAAGUCCGAAUCAUGCGACAACUUAAUCAUCCCUCCAUAAUCUCGUUAUACUCAUUUAGCGAGUCGAACGAUUACUAUUACCUAGUGCUCGAGCUCAUGGAGGGCGGAGAGCUGUUUAAUCAGAUAGUAAAGUUGACGUAUUUUUCGGAAAACUUGUCGAGGCAUGUUAUUGUCCAGGUCGCCGAAGGAAUAAGAUAUCUGCACGAAGAAAAGGGUGUUGUCCAUCGCGACAUCAAACCCGAAAAUCUUCUCUUUAGCCCAAUUCCCGUAAUCCCAUCCAAAGUUCCUCCGCCCCCACCAAUUCCGGGGGAUGAGCCCAAGGUACCAGAAGGUGAAUUCACACCCGGAGUUGGUGGCGGUGGAAUCGGGCGGGUAAAGAUUGCAGACUUUGGUCUUUCCAAGGUCGUAUGGGACCAGCAUACAAAGACGCCGUGUGGUACUGUUGGAUAUACCGCUCCUGAAAUUGUCAAGGAUGAAAGAUAUAGCAAGAGCGUUGAUAUCUGGGCGUUGGGAUGUGUACUGUACACCAUGCUGUGCGGAUUUCCACCGUUCUAUGAUGAGAGUAUACCGGUACUCAGUGAAAAGGUCGCCAAAGGACAAUAUAGCUUUUUAAGCCCUUGGUGGGACGGAAUCAGUGAUUCUGCAAAGGACUUGGUUUCGCAUCUAUUAGAAGUUGAUCCAUCAAAACGAUACACAAUAAAAGAAUUCUUUGAACAUCCAUGGGUUAAGAACGAGUCCGAGCCUCAGCCCAGUCAACCUUCACCUCAGGCCCCAUCCACGUUUAAUCCCCUGGCAAUGCCGGCAUCCCCAUUACAGAUUGAAGAAAUCAUGAGUCCGACUACGCCAAACAUACCGUUGUCGAAACCACCGGUGCUAUCACCGGGUUUCCAACAACUAAAGGACGCGUUUGAUGUCUGUUAUACGGUUUUGCGCUCUAAAUUCUCGGAUGAUGAUGAUAGUGAUACCGAUUAUAUGGAUACUAGCGAUGAUCAUAACGUGCAAAAUGAAGGAAACUCGUCUCCGGCCAACCUAUCUGAUUUCGGUUUAAAUUUAGAUGGCGCUACCCUGCUUGGUCGGCGAAGGAGGGAUAUAGAAGUUAAGGGGUAA